AUGUCUCAGGACAACAGACAUCGAAAAAUUGAUGAUAGAAACGGUGCAGGGGAGCACAAUGCCAACAUCAUUCACGAUCAAUCAGCCCAAAAAAAAGUAGGAAUAAAUAAUGUAACGAGGGCAUCCAACUCAGAAGUGAGUGAAAGCGAUAGUGAUAGUGAGAUUGAAAAACCAAAAUGUUUUUCAAUUUCAAACAUUUUGAGUAAAAGGGAGACUAAAGACGUGCUUCCGGAGUUUGCUGGCAGUAGUUCUCAUAAUGGGGUACUCACAGCAAACUCAUCAAAGGAUAUGAACUUUACUUUGGAGUUGAGUGAAAAUUUACUAGUUGAGUGUAGGAAGUUGCAAUCUUCUAAUGACGAUAAAAAUGAACAAAUAAAGUCGCUCAAACAAAUCAACGAAUCGUUAAAUGGCAAGAUUGAGGAGAUGGACAACCAAAAAAAAUACAUUAUGAAAGAGUUGGACUCAAUUAAAGAUCUCAAUUGGGAUCUGGAAUCUAAAUUAGCAAACUUGAGCGUGGAGUGUAAGCACUUAAAAGAAUUGAGGAGAAAGACCGAAAAAUCUUGGAACGAUGAAAAGGAAAGCUUGAGGAAUCUGAAAACAGAUAUAGAAAUCUUAACUUUAACUAAAAAUGGUAUGGAAAAUGAUCUUCACUCUCAGAAACUCUAUUAUGAGAGAGAGGUUACUGAACUAAAGGAAAGAAUAGUAGACUUAAACAAUGAAAACGAUAAACUAAUCAUUAGUGCGUCUGAUUUGACAAGUGAAAUUAACUCCCUACGAAGUGAUAAAGCUGAAAGAAUAGAAAUCCGAAAGCAACUAGAUAACGCUAAGAAGUCUAUUCACUCGUUGAAAAGUAAAUUGCAAAAGAAAUAUUGUCACAAAAAGCACUUUUCCAAUAAUACGGUGGCAUCUGAUUCUGAUUCGGGAUGCACUUCCAGCCAAGAAGAUAUUUUCGAUAUAGUAGCCGACAUUGACCAAAUUAUUGAAGCACACCCCUCUGUGGAGGACCUUUCGGAAGAUCUCGUUAAGGAAUACUCAGAAAAAAACAAUUUAACUUUAUUGUCCAACGAUUCAUACAGCAAUUUAUUACAAAGAACUAAAUGUACAUACAAACCAAAAGACGAUGAAUUGAUGACUAAAGAGGUUGCAAAAAAUUUGAAUAUAUUUGCGUUACCAAAUGAUGACAAUUACAACAAAAAGGAAUUCUCAUUAGAAUCUCAGAUCAAAUAUUUAGAGGCUUCUGGUCAUAAAGUACUUCCCCAAGAAGAGUUUACAAACUUAAAGCGAUCCGUGUCAAACCCAUCGUAUAGUUAUUUGAAGGAGAAACUUCAAGCGUCGAAAAAGAUACCCGUUGACCAAAGCACGUUUAGUUUGCUGGAGGAACCUACUAUCGACUUUUUGUUGCCUCUAGCAUCCAAAAUCGACUGUUUAGUAAUACCAACCAAAGAUUACAAUAACUUUUAUGAGGCUGUAAAGCAUCCAUCAGUGGAGCAGGUAAAAGAAUAUUUGGCAGCAAAUAAAGAUAUAGAAUCCACUAUUUCUAAAUGGUUAGAAAAGAAAAACGACUGCAAAUUAAUCAAUAAUAAUGUGUACUCUUCGUUGGUUGAUAAAGUAGAAACACCAUCAAAACAGUACCUAUCAAGUAAGGCAAAAGAGUACGACCUUGUGUUGAUUGAUAAUAAAACACUAGAAGCUUUGAAAAAUCCCACAAUUGAAGUCAUAAAGGAUACAAUUUCUGCUUCAGACUUUCUCAUUCUCAAGAAAGAAGAUUACGAGCAUCCACCUUUAGCGUACUUGGUCGAACAUGCCAAGAACACAAAUUACCACAUGCUCUCAGAAACGGCAUACCAAGGCUUGGUCAGAUACAAAGAAACGCCUGACAUCGAGUUUAUGAAGGAGAAGUCCGCUCAGUUGGGUCACACAGUUGUCUCCAAUGAGACGUACGCUGAACUACAGAACAAAUACUCUGAGGUAGAAGGCAAACACUCUGAACUACAGAACAAACACUCUGAACUAGAGAACAAACACUCUGAGGUAGAAAGCAAACACUCUGAACUGCAGAACAAACACUCUGAACUAGAGAACAAACACUCUGAGGUAGAAGGCAAACACUCUGAACUACAGAACAAAUUCUCUGAGGCCGAGAAACAACUGGAACAACCAACUUUAGCGUACUUGGUCGAACAUGCCAAGAACACAAAUUACCACAUGCUCUCAGAAACGGCAUACCAAGGCUUGGUCAGGUACAAAGAAACGCCUGACAUCGAGUUUAUGAAGGAGAAGUCCGCUCAGUUGGGUCACACAGUUGUCUCCAAUGAGACGUACGCUGAACUACAGAACAAAUACUCUGAGGUAGAAGGAAAUUACUCUGAACUACAGAACAAACACUCUGAGGUAGAAAGCAAACACUCUGAACUACAGAACAAAUACUCUGAGGUAGAAAGCAAACACUCUGAACUACAGAACAAAUUCUCUGAGGCCGAGAAACAACUGGAACAACCAACUUUAGCGUACUUGGUCGAACAUGCCAAGAACACAAAUUACCACAUGCUCUCAGAAACGGCAUACCAAGGCUUGGUCAGAUACAAAGAAACGCCUGACAUCGAGUUUAUGAAGGAGAAGUCCGCUCAGUUGGGUCACACAGUUGUCUCCAAUGAGACGUACGCUGCACUACAGAACAAAUACUCUGAACUAGAGAACAAACACUCUGAGGUAGAAAGCAAACACUCUGAACUACAGAACAAACACUCUGAACUACAGAACAAAUACUCUGAGGUAGAAAGCAAACACUCUGAACUACAGAACAAAUACUCUGAGGUAGAAAGCAAACACUCUGAACUACAGAACAAAUUCUCUGAGGCCGAGAAACAACUGGAACAACCAACUUUAGCGUACUUGGUCGAACAUGCCAAGAACACAAAUUACCACAUGCUCUCAGAAACGGCAUACCAAGGCUUGGUCAGAUACAAAGAAACGCCUGACAUCGAGUUUAUGAAGGAGAAGUCCGCUCAGUUGGGUCACACAGUUGUCUCCAAUGAGACGUACGCUGCACUACAGAACAAAUACUCUGAACUAGAGAACAAACACUCUGAGGUAGAAAGCAAACACUCUGAACUACAGAACAAACACUCUGAACUAGAGAACAAACACUCUGAGGUAGAAGGCAAUUACUCUGAACUACAGAACAAACACUCUGAGGUAGAAGGCAAUUACUCUGAACUAGAGAACAAACACUCUGAGGUAGAAAGCAAACACUCUGAACUACAGAACAAACACUCUGAGGUAGAAGGCAAUUACUCUGAACUACAGAACAAACACUCUGAACUGCAGAACAAACACUCUGAACUAGAGAACAAAUACUCUGAGGUAGAAAGCAAACACUCUGAACUACAGAACAAACACUCUGAGGUAGAAGGCGAUUACUCUGAACUGCAGAACAAACACUCUGAACUGCAGAACAAACACUCUGAACUACAGAACAAACACUCUGAGGUAGAAGGCAAUUACUCUGAACUGCAGAACAAAUACUCUGAGGUAGAAAGCAAACACUCUGAACUACAGAACAAAUACUCUGAGGUAGAAAGCAAACACUCUGAACUACAGAACAAAUACUCUGAGGUAGAAAGCAAACACUCUGAACUACAGAACAAACACUCUGAGGUAGAAAGCAAUUACUCUGAACUACAGAACAAAUACUCUGAGGUAGAAAGCAAACACUCUGAACUACAGAACAAAUUCUCUGAGGCCGAGAAACAAUUGGAACAACCAACUUUAGCGUACUUGGUCGAACAUGCCAAGAACACAAAUUACCACAUGCUCUCAGAAACGGCAUACCAAGGCUUGGUCAGGUACAAAGAAACGCCUGACAUCGAGUUUAUGAAGGAGAAGUCCGCUCAGUUGGGUCACACAGUUGUCUCCAAUGAGACGUACGCUGAACUACAGAACAAAUACUCUGAGGUAGAAGGAAAUUACUCUGAACUACAGAACAAACACUCUGAGGUAGAAGGCAAUUACUCUGAACUAGAGAACAAACACUCUGAGGUAGAAAGCAAACACUCUGAACUACAGAACAAACACUCUGAGGUAGAAGGCGAUUACUCUGAACUGCAGAACAAACACUCUGAACUGCAGAACAAACACUCUGAACUACAGAACAAAUACUCUGAGGUAGAAGGCAAACACUCUGAACUACAGAACAAAUUCUCUGAGGCCGAGAAACAAUUAGAACAACCAACUUUAGCGUACUUGGUCGAACAUGCCAAGAACACAAAUUACCACAUGCUCUCAGAAACGGCAUACCAAGGCUUGGUCAGGUACAAAGAAACGCCUGACAUCGAGUUUAUGAAGGAGAAGUCCGCUCAGUUGGGUCACACAGUUGUCUCCAAUGAGACGUACGCUGAACUACAGAACAAAUACUCUGAACUAGAGAACAAACACUCUGAGGUAGAAAGCAAACACUCUGAACUACAGAACAAACACUCUGAACUACAGAACAAAUACUCUGAGGUAGAAGGCAAUUACUCUGUACUACAGAACAAGUACUCCGAGGCAGAGAAUCAACUAGAACACCCACCGCUGGCAUAUCUAGUCGAACAUGUUGAAGAACUACAACAAAAGAUCAUUCCAGCAUCGGAUUGGAAUACCCUAUCGAAUCCUACUUUAGAGUACCUAACUUCAAAGUUGCACAGUUUACAAUACGACGUUAUUCCACACGAUUCGUACAUUGAAUUAAAGAGAAUUGUGGAAGAACCGGACGUGAAUGUUUUAGAAUCCAAGUUGAAUGGUUAUAAUAUAAUUGAUACAUUGGCAUACAAUGAGUUAAUCAUCAAUUCUACAUCACCGACAUUGGAAUUUAUUAAAGAGAAAGCCGAGAGUAAAGGUUACAUGUUGAUAGAAGCACACAAAUAUCUUGAUUUGAAUAGGAUAGCAACAAAUCCUUCUGAAGAGGACAUAGUUGACAUUUGUAAGCAAAGAGGCUGUUACGCUUUGAAGUUUGAAGAAUAUGAAAAACUGAAAAAUUGUAUUCAAAACCCUUCUAAAAAAUAUAUCAAGGAGAAAGCCAUAUUAUUUGACCUUAUGCCAAUUGAUAAAACAGAGUAUCAAACAAUGAAAGAUAAAUUAAGCAACAAGGACUCCCUUAUCGCCUCUGUAAAGGACCUUGGUUUUGUUCCAAUAUCUGCCCCACAGCUUGCUUCUCUAGAGAAGUCAUCACUUCAAAAUAGUACUUUAUCUGAUAUUGAGAGUAAAUUAAAAUCCUUAGGUUACGUCGCAAUUACCAAAGGAAACCUAGCAAACAUGGAAAAACGGGCUGUCGAGAGUAUCUCUAAAGGGGAUGUCUUGAAUUUAUGCUCCAAGUUUAGCCUGAUUCCAUUGAGUGCUGAGGAAUAUGACGAGAUGAAGAAGGAAAACGGUCGGAAUUUAAACGAACUCAGUAAUCCAUCAAUUGAUUUCUUAAAGAAAAAAUGUGAAAAUAAUGGAUCAAUUUUAACCAAUGAAUCUAUUCACAAAGAAAAGCAAGAGACUCUUGAGAAUCCGGCCUAUGAAUUCAUUCUAGAGAAGGCAUUAGCAUUAGGAUAUGAAUUAAUUAGCAAGGUGGAAUUAGCUCGCAUGAAACAAGAAAUUAGUUCGCACAGUAUUAAGCUCAUGCAAGAAGAAGCCACACACAGAAGCAUGGUGCUAUUAAAGAAUGAAGAAAUGAAGAAUUUAUGCAAUAAAAUUGAGCACCCUUCUUUGACAUAUUUAACCGAAAAGGCUGCUGGAAUGAACAAAAUACUUAUCGACCAGGUCACAAAUACGGAAAGCACUUAUUCCAAUCGGAAAGAUCUAGAGGAAUAUUGCCAUCGCCUAAACUUGGUCUUGGUAGAUGAAGAUGAGUAUACAGUUUUGAAAGAUUUGUUAGAAGAGUUAAAUGUUGAUGACUCGAAAAACCCAUCAAGCAAUGAUGAUCAAUCUUUAAACACGACGAGGAGUAACUCAACCACAACUUCGAGCAUGUUUACUGAUGCAUUGGAUGAUAAUAUCGAAGAAUUUAAUGAUACCGAAUUUGAACGUAAUGAUGACAUUACCGAUAUAAUUUCAAAAUCAUCUACGGUAAAGGAUGUAGUUCACCUUGCCCCUACGUACCAAACCAUCAAAAGUUCUGCUGAAGAAUUAGGUUACAAGUUAGUUCCAAUUGAGAGCUCAGGUAUGAAUCCCGUAAGCAUAGACACUCCUUUCUUCUCGGGUGAUAAUGAUGUCAUCAGUGUUGUUAGCAGUGCCGACAUCAAUCACUUAUCUAAAAUGGCGGAAAAGCAUGGUAUGACUCUCAUUUCUGAUGAAAGUUUCGAAGAAUAUCGUGUGUUAAAGGAUAAGGUGACCACUCUUAACGGUGACAUAGAAGCAACAGAUAAUUCUGAGAGAGUAAAUCAAACUUCAACAACGGAGACCCAAAAUAUGUCUAAAGAACAUAAACCCAAAAAAGAUCUUGCUUGUAAUGGUGUGGACAAAGAAGUAAUCAUUGACAGCGCACGAGAACUAAAUCUCAUUGUUCUCAACGAGAAAGAAUAUACUGAACUACUGCGUAGAUCGGAGAAACAUUUUACUUCUAAGGCUGAUAUCAUCCGUGAAGCUGCUAAUUUUGAUUUAGUGCCUGUACAAAAGCAAAAGCUGGAGGAAAUAAAAUAUGAACUGGCUCAUCCAACGCUCACAGAAGGACAACUCAAGAAACCUUCUGACGAUCGAAGUUUGAUCUUAACAAGUAGGGAUAAAACACUGUUCCCAAGAGAUGAAAAUAUAAUCAGCCAAAGUAACGUGGUUUAUGAUGACGAUAUAUCUGACAGUUUUGCAGAUGAAACGCAGGAAUUAAAAACCGAUGUGGACGUCAUCAAAACUCAAGCUAGAAAAUAUGGUUUGCUGUGUAUUCCCGAAAGUGCUUUCGUGGUUACAUCAUAUUCAAAUACUCCAGAUACAAGCAAUAUAGUUGCUCUUCCUACACCAUAUUAUCAUAACCUAUUAUCUUCUGAAGACAAGAAAUUGAACUUCAUGACCAAUGAAGAGUUACAAGCGGAAAUUAAAAGGCGUGGAUUCCUGGUUGUGCUACCGACAAAGAGAGACAGUGAGACUCAAAGUGCACCAUCUAAACGUGAGUUCCGUUCAUAUAAACCAAGCAACAAAAUCUCUAUCACAUCCUCUAAGAACGAUAUAAGAAAAGGACUCGCAGAGGCAGCAGCGACCAUAGCCUAUGGCGAUUCUGAAAGUUACCCUCAAGUACAACAAUCUCAUCAUAACAGUUAUAAUAAACACCAUAAGCGUCACCAGAGCCUGACAAACUCAAAUUCAACUUCAAAGACUGCACAUUCGUCCAAGAACACCCUAGCUUCCAAAAGAGAUGGUGCGGCAUCGUCCAUGCCACAUGCAGGAUCGCCUGAUCGGGCGAUAUCGUUGCAAACUUUAGCCUCAUUGAAUGAACCAAGCAUAAUACCUGCAUUGACUCAAACUGUCAUCGGAGAAUAUUUAUUCAAGUACUAUCCACGUUUGGGUCCUUUUGGUUUCGAAUCACGUCAUGAAAGAUUUUUUUGGGUUCACCCAUAUACCUUAACUUUAUAUUGGUCAGCAUCUAAUCCUAUAUUAGAAAAUCCUGCUAAUACGAAAACAAAGGGUGUUGCCAUCUUGGGCGUUGAAAGCGUUACAGACCCUAACCCAUACCCAACAGGAUUGUAUCACAAGAGUAUUGUUAUUACUACAGAAACUAGGGCCAUUAAAUUUACUUGCCCUACAAGGCAAAGACAUAACAUUUGGUACAAUUCAUUACGCUAUCUAAUUCAAAGAAACAUGCAAGGGAUAAGCUUAGAGGAUAUCGCUGAUGAUCCAACAGAUAAUAUGUAUUCAGGAAAAAUUUUCCCAUUGCCUGGUGAAAGCACUAAAAACUCUAGUAAAAGACUUAGCGCAUCAAGAAGAUCCGCAUCUGCAAGAUCUUUGAGGAAUAGAGUGCCAAAAAGCCGUUCAUUUGGAAAUUUAAAGUGA